AUGAUUUCGUCUGUACGGGGAUGGUUCCGCCGGAACCGAACGCCAGUCGCCAUUGGCGUCGGCCUCGUCGGUGCUGGCUACAUCGUCAGCCAAUAUGUCAUGUCCAAAAUCACCGACGCGCGCGAGCGCAUGUCUAGCGAGCGCAUCUCCAAAGAAAACUUGCGUCGACGCUUUGAGCAAAAUCAAGAAGAUUGCACCUUUACCGUCCUAGCCCUCCUCCCGACCGCCACCACAAACGUCCUCGCCGAGAUGAACACGGAGCAAAUCACCUACGAGAUCCAGCAGGCCAAGACGGCCAAGGUCGUCAAAGCUAAUCCGACGGAUGCUGCGCCUGCCCCGCCCAGCAUCGCCGACACCACUCUGACCGAGGACGACAGCAAGAGCUCUAUCGUGAGCGAGAGCGGCGUGCACGCCAGCCAGGCGUCUCUCCCUCCCCUGACUUCUGUGCCCGAGGGCACCGUGCAGGAAGGCUCCCCAGCCAGGUCUCGUCGCUCCAAGCGACAGCUGUGGGAUGAUUUAAUCAUCAGCUCUGUUACGCGGGCCUUUACGCUCAUCUAUACCCUCGCCCUGCUCACAAUGCUCACCCGCGUGCAGCUCAACCUACUCGGCCGCCGGAGUUAUCUCUCCAGUGUCGUGGCCUUGGCCACCGGCACCCAGUCUGCCACGAUCAGCCUCGAGAACAACGACGACGACAACACCGACCAGGCCUACGGCAGUGACUUUGACACGAACCGCAAGUACCUCACCUUUAGCUGGUGGCUUCUCAACAAGGGCUGGGUCGACAUUAUGAAGACGGUGGACAGCGCUGUCCGCUCCGUCUUUGGCACGCUCAACCCCCGCGAUCUCAUCAGCUUUGACCGCUUGUCCGAUCUUGUCAUUGAAGUCCGCAGACAGGUUGAGGGCUCUACCCCCGAGGAGCGACGCAGCGCCAACUGGCUCAAGUACCUGCUCCCGCCGCAGGAUCAGGAAGAUGAAGUAAUUCGGCAAUCGGGCAUCCUCGAAGACAAUGCCGCCCAGCAAGGCCUCCCCGCGCAGCCUUCGCCCGAGUCCCUGCGCCGGCUGCUCGACGAGACGGCCGACCUGAUCGAGUCGCCCGCGUUCUGCCACGUGCUGACGCUGCUCCUCGACGCCGGCUUCUCGACGCUGGUGGAUAAGAAGCUGGCCACGGAGGCGUUUGAGCUGCCCAACGACGAGAGCGGCUUCAUGGCCAAUUUGAUUACCGAGUCCAAGCAGACCAAAGUCGUCCUGCUGCCUAAGAUUCUAUCUGUGCUAACACGCCAGGCGCACGCCAUUGGUAAUGGCGUUCCCAACGAGUACCUCCAGGAUAUGGAGGCCGUACGCGGGCUCGAGGCCUUUGCGGCGGUCGUCUAUUCGAGCAACUGGGAGAGCGAGGUGCGCGGCGACGGCCUGGUGGAGAGCGCGGGAAAUGCGAAGACUGCGGAUGCUGCUGCGACGGCCACGACAGAGAGACAGGCGCAGAAGAAGGCGGCCGCGGCGGAGACGACCACGCAAGGCGAGCAGAGCCUCGUCAUGGUGGAGAAUCAAGAUGGAUUCGAGAGUGCGUGGGAAAAGGCGGUAGAGGCAAAGUAG